GUGUGCAUAAAUCUCCGUUGUUAGUUGAUAAACUUGUGCUCAAGGAGACAAGUGUUAACAUAAUCACCAAACAAGUGCUAGUGUCUGUAAAUUCCAUGCCUUCAAAGUAGGGUUCAAAUAUGAACAGAAUGACGAAGUGGGAAAUGCAUGCCACUGGUCCCAGUUCCAAAUUUGUAUCUUUUAAGACAACUCAAGUCAAAAGUGGAGAUAAAGCUUUUAUUCUGGGCAGAUACUGCAUGAAGGCACUGACAGACAGUCCACCACAUCACGGUCACCCCCACCAGGCCACCAACAACAACCACCACUAACAAAAACCCAAAACAUACAUUCCUUUCUAUCAUCACCUUUACAAUGCCUCUAUAUAUAGGGUUACCACCUUAAGCAUUCUCAGUCAAGAAGCAUCGAUCGGUUUCUAUAUAGUGAGUGACAAAAACAGAACCACAGUGAUUUCUUCACUGGCUACAUUGAGUUGUGCAGUUCGGAAAUGGCAAGCUCAAGAGUGAUAGGGGCUGCAUUCUUGAUCUUAUUUAUUCUAGACCUCACUUUUGCUGCUAGGUCACCCAAGGCAAUAGGUAAAGGAGGUGGUUGGGGUGGAGGAGGUGGAGGAGGGAGGGGCGGCGGUGGUGGUUCGGCAUCAGGACUUGGAUCAGGUUCCGGUCAUGGCUCAGGGUAUGGGUCUGGUGGUGGUGAGGGAUGUGGUACGGGGUCAGGUAGCGGAUAUGGUUCUGGCUAUGGGUCUGGCAGUGGCUCAGGCUAUGGCUCCGGCAUUGGUGUAGGAGGAGGUGGGGGUGGAGGUAGUGGUGGUGGAGGAGGUGGGGGUGGGGGCACUGUAUCAGGAAGUGGAUCAGGCUAUGGACGUGGAGGCGGGUCAGGAUAUGGAAGUGGCAACGGUGGUGGUAAGGGUGGUGGAGGAGGAGGAGGAAGUGGUGGUGGUGGUGGUGGUGGUGAAGGAGGAGGAGCAUCCGGCUUUGGUUCUGGCUAUGGUAGUGGGUCAGGAUAUGGAAGUGGCAAUGGUGGUGGUAAGGGUGGUGGAGGAGGAGGAGGAAGUGGUGGUGGUGGUGGUGGUGGUGAAGGAGGAGGAGCAUCCGGCUUUGGUUCUGGCUAUGGUAGUGGGUCAGGGUAUGGAUCAGGGUAUGGAGGGGAUAUUGAUUAUGGUUUGCCAUGAACAUGAGGUCAUUUGUAUGUUAAAUAAAUUGCGGGAGCAUUACCUAUGCAUAUACAUGUAUUUUCAUGUACUAGUAUCAAGCAUGCUGGCUAGCGGCUGCUAGUUGCGUGCAUGUGUGUGACUUGUAGUCUGCAUGUAAUAGUAGAGUCAAGAACUAUAUAUUUAUUCUCAAAUUCUAGCAUUCUCCCUCCUCCCCGGUUUGAAUAAAUAAAUACAAUGAUUCAUAAAAA